UGUGUGCGUUUGUGUUGUAAAGGGGAUUUGAGAAGGUUUUACACAGAAGCUUGAUCUUUCGAUGUUCUCGAUAUCUCGGAAGUGGCAACCGUACAAGUGCGAAGCAAUGAACGCGAUGGUUUUUCUACUAGAGAACGAUCCUGCUAUUGCUAAAACGCGAUGGUUGUUUGGGAUGAAAGUUACCAUUUUGUGUGCGCCUGAUAGUAAUCGAUUAGUAGUGCCAGAAAAAAAAACCGCCUACAAAUGAAGAAAAACCUCCGGUUUGGAAGUGAAUAACUGAAGUGAAUGCGUACUGUGUAGCAGAUCCAGCACACCUUGUGUGCGGCAGAACCCCGAGCGAUGGAUACAUCCACUCGCAUCGCGGUGUGGCGUGGAGUCGCAAGAAUCUAUCUAAGAUGGCGGCAGAAGAGCACUGGAAUGGCGCUGUAUGGGGAGCGCAUGCAGCUAGCAGCGGCAGCAGAUUUGGAACCAGACGAAGCAACCGGUCACAAAAUGCGCUUCCGUGCCGAUGACGCCGAGUGUCGAACCGCUGUGUGGUGGCCAUGGUGGGGUGAAUCAACUAGGCGGGGUGUUCGUGAAUGGGCGCCCCCUUCCCGAUCUGGUCCGGCAGCGGAUUGUCGAGCUGGCGCACAACGGUAUCCGGCCGUGCGACAUAUCGCGCCAGCUGCGCGUCAGUCACGGUUGCGUCUCGAAGAUCCUUUCCAGAUAUUACGAGACGGGCAGCUUUAAGGCGGGCGUGAUCGGUGGUUCGAAGCCGAAGGUGGCAACGCCACCGGUGGUGGAAGCGAUCGCUGCCUACAAGCUCCAGAACCCGACCAUGUUUGCGUGGGAGAUCCGUGAUAAGCUGCUGGCGGAUGGUAUCUGUGUGCACGACAACGUGCCUAGUGUGUCGUCCAUCAAUCGAAUCGUACGGAACAAGGCAGCGGAGAAGGCGAAGUACAGCUCACAGCGUUCGGACAACAGUAGUCUAGACAGUCCCAGGAUCCUUUCGCGCAACAAUCAACAGCAGCAGCAGCAAAGCCAGCAGCAACAGGAGUGUCUCAAUCAACAGAUGCAAGCAGAUCAGGAGUCGAUGAAGUCACCGCAGCAGGUGGAGAACGUCGCGUCCCAGUCGUAUAGCAUCAACGGGUUGCUGGGGCUGUCGCAGAAAUCACUGUCCGGUUCGAGCUCGAAACGGCGUCGCAUCAAGGAAGAUCCUGCCGACCUGAAGGGCAGCAUGUUGAGCUGUAUCAAGCGCGACAAGGAGGCGAAAGAGAUGUCGGAGAGCAUGCUGCACGAGAGCAUAGGCAAGGGAGGCCCCGGUCAGGACCCGCAGCAACAGCAACAGGAUAAAGGGCACGAUCUCUUCGUUGGCGGUGUGGAUUUCGUUAGUUCGCUCGCGAUGGCCCAGGACGAUGGUAACAAUCCGGAUAAUCAGCAGCCCGGCUUCAGCAGCAUGAGGGCCGGUCCACGGCCCGGCACUAUGAGCGGUAGCCCGAUCCGGUCGCGCGAAAACGCCCUCUUCCUGCUGGCCGGCGGUGACAAGGCACACAAAUACCACCGCACGGACGAACCCAUGCCAACCGGGGUGAUCAUCGAGGAUGAUAGCAGCGCACGGAAACAUCAGCAGGCCCAGCAGCAGCAGCAGCAGCAGCAGCAGGCACACCAAGCAAGCGACGUUAAGACGACCUACGAUAAGAUACUCGCCGGUGAGCUGGUGCCGGGCAGUGCGGUGAAGCGUACCACCACCACCGAACCCACCACACUCACGCAGUCGAUCGAGUUCCUGAGCGACAUGAACAACAACAUCUCCCAGAACCAGCACCAAGGGUUUGCGGCGGCCGCGUACGAGGGUGCGUACAGUGCGGCCGAUGCGGCCGACACGGCAGUCCAGCUGAAUCCGCAUCUGGCCGCCUGCUCCUCGAAUUAUUCCGCCUUCCUGCAGAACACGGACCAGUUUGCGGCGGCCAACCCGGAGCUGAUCUUCCCGACCGCCGCCUACACGCAGUACGCCGCGCCCGGGUACGGCACGUUCAACUACAACUCAUCCUUCGCCAACAACAACCUGUGCCGGGACCUUGGCCAGAUUCACUAUCCCGAGGAGCAGUAGUAGUAGCGGUAAGGUGGUAGUGGUAGCGAGCAGUAGGUGUGGUAGGCAAUAAGGUAACUAGGCAGUAGAUCCGGUAGAUGGUAACAAACGUUGGAACGGAGUGAUUUCUUUAGCCGGUACGAUGUCGCGAGACAACGAUCGUGUGUUGCGUUGAUUUCCGUGUUGAAACAAAAAAAGACACAUACACACACACACACAUAUAUAUAUAUAAAUAGACGCACACGCACACACGCACGAAACGCCCAGAGGACAAAACAAACAAUACAAAGAAGAAGAAGAAAAAAAAACAUUAAAUCACAAUGACAAAACAAUCGAACAUUCAUUUCUAUAUCUCCUCCCUCCCUGCGGUGAUAGUUGUGUGAGUGUUUGUGUGUGUGUGUGCGUGAUUCGCAUUUAGAUACAAAGAUACAUUUUUAUCGACGGUGUCCCCGGCCGCGGCCGCCCCGUCUAACGUGUCACGCAUUUAGGAAGAGAUAUGUUGUGCGCUAACGAAUGCUAACGUUUAUAUUUUCUCUCUCUCUCUCUGAAAUUUAUUAAAAUAAAAGCAAGUGCUGCACCGA